AUGUUAAAGGGCACGUUUGGUGAAGGGAGGACGGGUCCUGUCGCCUCGGACUGCAGCCCCUCGCACCCCCAGGCCCAGCGGAGAACCACGGGGAGGGGCGGCAGUGAUACCCGGCACCGGGAUCCGGAGGCUCGAUCCGGCCGAGAUACGUCCGGCUCGGGCAAUCAAUGGGGCAUCUUCACACUACUGCUCCACCAUAAUUUUCAUAACAGUGGUAAAAACAUUGAGGACAUCAAAUGGUUUGUGAUAGAGUAUGACUGUGAAGAACAAAGUCAGAAAAUGAGGCACAAGACUCCCCUUGUAAUAAGGAAAAGAAAACGACUUUACAGAAACACCCUGGAAAAGUCAAUUGAAUCCUGGAACCUGCAGUCUACAGAAUUCAGGGCACCCUGUCCCGUCGCAGCCCUCGGGCAGCGACUGGAAAGUUUGUGGCUGGCUCGUCUGGAGGGGAAGUUUCCGCAGAACCAGGAGUGGAAGAGCACGGGGGUGGGUGAAGAGGCAGCCAAUGGGAAGCCGCGGCGAUUGUUUGGAUGGCGGGGCCCUCGCCGCGGCCCGGAGGCGGCGCGCGGCCCCGUCCCGUCUCGCGUCCGCUCGGCGGGGCUCCCGCCAUCCCCGCGGGAGGACGGGACACACGGGGGGACCUCCCCGGCCGCCGCCGCCAAAAGCGAGCCCCCGCCGCUCUCCCGCCCAGCCCACCCGCUGGCACAGCCGCCCGUGCGCCCCGCCGCCGGAGCAGCGGCACCGAAGCUAAUAAGUGUGGAUGCUCCGGGGAUCCCAGGGAUGGACCCCGCGGCUCUCUCCAGGCGGAACACAGCGCUGAGAUUAGUAGAUCUGGCGGGGGCUCCUCGCCACCACCACGACCCCCCUCAGAGCAUGACAGGCUUCCCGGGCCUCGCCGGGCACCCCCACGCCACGUCGCCCACGCAGCCAGGGGUGCACGCCGCCGAGUCCCGCCUCGGGCCGCACCCGCUCCGGCCAGAACACAUGGGGCACCGUCACCAUCCUUCUCUUCAUCCUCCUCCUCAGCAUCACCCUGCGGCCCUUAAACUCAGCCCUGCCCCUCAUCCCCACCACCAGCUCCACCACCAUCAUCAUCACCAUCAUCAUCAUAUGGCAGGCCAAGCCGAGGUGGUCUCUAGUCAAACAGGAGCGUAUGGCCCGGCGCAGCCACCAGCAGCCCCUUACCCCGUCUCUCACCCAGCCCAGGCUCUGGCAGCAGGUAGCUACCCCGGACACCAUGGUCACCACCACCACCACUCAGAAGCUGGAAAUCCCUCUGUGUUCACUGGACUCCAUGAGCAGCCUCCCCAUGCAGCUCCAGGUGGCCAUCUAAACGGACAGAUAAGACUGGGGUUACCUGGAGAAAUGUACGCCAGGUCUGAACAUUUCACUCAAGUACCAGCCUCCAGGACAGACCCUUUUGCUGCUUCUUCGCUUCAUAGCUACAGUGGCAUGAAUCUGAACGUGAAUCUUGCUCCACACCACGGCCCGGGGGCCUUCUUUCGUUACAUGAGGCAGCCCAUCAAACAGGAACUCAUUUGUAAGUGGAUUGAGUUGGACCAGACUCCCAAAAAAUUAUGCUCGAAAACUUUCAGCACGAUGCACGAGCUGGUGACUCAUGUCACGGUGGAGCACGUUGGAGGACCCGAGCAGUCCAAUCACAUAUGUUUCUGGGAAGAGUGUCCAAGAGAAGGGAAACCUUUCAAGGCCAAAUACAAACUUGUAAAUCACAUCAGAGUCCACACAGGUGAAAAACCUUUCCCCUGCCCUUUCCCAGGCUGUGGCAAAGUGUUUGCCAGAUCAGAGAAUCUCAAAAUACACAAAAGAACUCAUACAGGGGAGAAGCCGUUCAAAUGUGAAUUCGAAGGCUGUGACAGACGCUUCGCCAACAGCAGCGACAGGAAGAAACACUCUCACGUCCACACCAGCGACAAGCCCUACAACUGCAAAGUGAGAGGCUGCGACAAGUCCUACACCCACCCCAGCUCCCUGAGAAAACACAUGAAAGUGCACUGCAAAUCCCCUCCUCCCAGCUCCGGCUACGAGUCCUCCACGCCCUCCUUGGUGUCCCCCUCCUCGGACUCCGGCCGGGAGCCCCCUGCCUCCUGUUCCCACGCCGAGCCUUCCGCUCCCGCGCAGCCCACCGCCAACCUGAGCGAAUGGUACGUGUGUCAGGGCGCGGGGCUCCGCGCCCUCCCCGCGCCUUCCGCCGCCCCCCCUGCUGCCGCUCCCCCCCGCUGA